CCUCUUUGUACAGUGAGAUGAGUAUCAGUCUAAUCGGACUAGAAGAUAGAAAUCACUCGACAUCGCAAUGGCAGAAGUCGCCCCAGCUGCACCCGCUGCCCCAGCUGCUCCGGCCAAAGCGCCGAAGAAGAAGGCCUCCAAGCCGAGCAAGAAGUCUGGACCCGGCGCUAGCGAGCUCAUCAUGAAAACCGUGGCCGCUUCUAAGGACAAGAAAGGAGUGUCCUACGUGAGCUUGAGGAAGGCGCUGGGAGCUCAAGGCUACGACGUGGAGCACAACAGCGCUCACAUCAAACGUGCCAUCAAGAGCCUGACCCAGAAAGGCGUCCUGGUUCAGACCAAGGGAUCCGGAGCUUCCGGCUCUUUCAAGGCCGGCAAGGCUGCUGAGAAGCCCAAGAAGGCAGUGAAGAAAGCCGCCGCCCCCAAGGCCAAAAAGCCAGCAGCAGCAGCGAAGAAGGCCGCCGCUAAGCCAGCAGCCGUGAAGAAGCCAAAGGCAGCCAAGACAUCACCGAAGAAGAAACCUGCAGCUGCUAAGAAAAGUGCGGAGAAGAAGACUGCAAAGAGCCCGGCGAAGAAGGCGGCCAAAAAGGCCACUACACCUAAGAAAGCUGCGAAGAAGGUGGCCAAGCCCAAGACUGUAAAGGCCAAGAAGGCUGCUCCCAAGAAGCCAGCUAAGAAGUAAAUGUAUUGAACUUAACUCAUAAAAGGCUCUUUUAAGAGCCACCCACAUUUCACUCAAGAGAAAAUUUCCUGAUUUUUAGUGAGUUCACAUACAUAUUUACUUGUACUGAAGUAUUUCUACAUUUGAACAUGUGAUUUGUAUUUGUUUGGUGGGUCAGAUCAUUCUUUGAGUGCAAGUACAUGCUUCCAAUGAGUUAGUUUAUACUGUAUAUAUAUAUUUUUUUACUUUUUAUAGAAUCUUAGCUGAGUAUAAAAACUACCCUCAACAUAUUCCACAUUAAUGAUGAUGGGAUGCUGCAUUUUUGCAGCAUAAACAUUAUUUAUAUACAAAGCUGUUCAGUUGUAUAUUUUCCUAACCUUAUUGUCAUUGCACAUAGGUAAGUAACAGUCAUCACAAAAGAAAAUGCAGUAUAAUGCAUUUACAUAGUGCAGACAGUUGAAGAGCAUGUAUGUAGCUGUAAAAAGUUAAAUUAAUUUGCUUAACCUCUCAAUGACUUUCACUAAAACUGCUGUGGAUAUCUGAAGUCUAGUUGAGCUGUAGCAGCAUUACAAAGUUGCAUAAACUGAGCUAAGAUUAGUGAGAGGGAAAAGGCCAUAAACAACUCUGCAGGAGGUCAUAAACUUCACUUUACAUGUCUGGUUAAUAAUUUACUACAGAACAAAUUUCACAGAUUAGUAGUAUAUGUUUAUAUUUACUGAACGUACAUAUUCCCACUUGGACGUACUGUUCUAUAGGUUAGAUCAUUUCUGUGUGGGUGAACUUUUUGGUCAUACAUCGCUGAUCACCUGAGUUUUUCCUCAGGGGAUCAUUAAAGACUUACCUUAUUCACAUUG